AUGGACUUCUCCAUAGCCCUGGCAAACUUGGAGGACAGUUGUACCUGUCUCAUUUGCUUGGAUCUCUUGAGAGACCCAGUGACCAUUAGUUGUGGGGACAACUUUUGUCUCACCUGCCUCAUUGUUUUCUGGAAUGAUCAAAGGGGCAUCUACCCCUGCCCUAUCUGCCCCAGUUAUUUCCGACAGAAACGCUUCAGCAGGAACUUGCAGAUUUCUAACUUGGUUGAUGUCGUUAAGCAACUGCAGCAGAGGACCGGGAGCAGAGGGAGGAGGCUUGAGAUAUAUGCUGUGUGUUGGGAGCACAAUCAGGCUCUGAUCCUUUUCUGUAUGGAGGAUCUAAGCAUCUUAUGUAUUAAGUGCCACUUGUCUGGCAAACACAAGCUGCACUUUGUCCUCCCUGUGUGGAAAGCUGCCCCUCAUCACAGGAGACUUCUAGAAAACAACAGGGAGCUUUUGGAGUGCAGGCUGAACCGAGCUGAACGAGCCCUGAAUCUGCAGCACAAAAGAGUUCUUGAAUUGAGGAAGAAGUUUGGAUAUAAAAGACAAGAGAAACAUUUUGAAUUUGAGCAGGUCAAACUGUCCCUGCAGAGUGAGCACGAGGCACUACUUAGUAAGAUUUGCACUGGGGAGCUGGCCAGUCUGCUAAAGCUGGAGAGAUAUCUUGGGACUUUGUCAGACCAUAUGCGCGAGUUAGAAGACCUGUUGGAGGAAGCAGAGGCCAAGUUUGCAGAGUCAGACAUCACACUCCUAACAAGCGUUCCGAGAGUCAACUACAGACUUCAAAACCUGAGAUGCCCCAAACCUUGGUCAUUCAGGACACAGCAAUAUGUUCUCCAUCUGCUGCCCCAGUAUUCUGGCUUGGACAGAAUCAUCAAGCGAUUUCAAAUAGCUGUGACUUUUGAUCUUGACACAGCACACCCUCAGCUUGUUUUUUCUAAGGACAGAAAAUCAGUGCUUUAUAAAGACUCAAGGCAAAGUGUUUGUGCUGGCCCUCGGAGGUUUCACCUCUGGCCUGCUGUCCUGGGGAGUAAAGGAUUUCGUUCGGGCCGUUGUUAUUGGGAGGUGAGAGUGGGAAGCAAGCCCAUGUGGACAUUGGGUGUGUGUCAAGACUGCCUACCUGGGGACUGGCGUGAGCAGCCCUCAGUUGCUGAGGGCUUCUGGGCGGUCGGGAGAUACAGUGAGAAUGGUUAUGCCGCCUAUGGGCCUGAGAAAAUGGAGUUUCUGCCAGUGGUGCAGCCCAGCAAGAUUGGCAUCUUUUUGGAUUAUGAAUUGGGUGAGCUCUCCUUCUAUAACAUGAAUAACAGGUCUCUCCUCUACGCUUUCAACAAUUCCUUUACCACCACAAUUUGGCCUUAUUUCUGCACAGGAACAGAUUCUGAGCCUCUUACAAUCUUAACGCACACUGUAUCUGCAUAAAACAGGCUGCGGAUC